AUGGAGAUGAUCAUGAGGAUAGUGCUAAUGGCUUUGUUGUUGGCUUUCACGAUGCUUAUAUCUAAGGGAGAAGGCCAAUUAUCAGAGAAUUUCUAUAGUUCAUCGUGUCCAAACGUGGAAUCCAUCGUGUCCCAAGCAGUGACUAACAAGUUUACUCAGACCCUCACAACUGGACAAGCAACCCUGCGUCUGUUUUUCCAUGAUUGCUUUGUUGAGGGAUGUGAUGCCUCUGUGAUAAUUUCGUCGCCAAAUGGGGACGCAGAGAAGGAUAACGCGGAAAAUCUUUCCCUUCCAGGAGAUGGGUUUGACACUGUGGUCAAGGCAAAGCAAGCAGUGGAAGCUUCAUGCCCUGGUGUGGUUUCAUGUGCAGACAUUUUGGCACUAGCCACCAGAGACGUCAUAAGCUUGCUUGGAGGUCCUUCAUUCAAUGUAGAGCUUGGACGCAGAGACGGGCUUAUUUCCAAGGCAUCUCUCGUAGAUGGAAAGCUCCCCAAAGCGAGCUUCAACUUGGACCAACUGAACGCGCUUUUCCAGAAGCACAACCUGACCCAAACGGACAUGAUAGCCCUCUCCGGGGCCCACACCGUAGGGUUCUCGCACUGCGAUCAGUUCACCAACCGUUUAUACUCCUUCUCAUCCUCCAAUCCGGUGGACCCCACUCUGGACUCCACCUUCGCCCAGAAUCUCAUGGGGGACUGCCCCAGAAACGUCGACCCCAGCGUCGUGAUCCCGCUGGACCUGCAAUCCCCUGCGGCGUUCGACAACCUCUAUUACAAAAACCUCGUAUCCGGAAAAGGACUGCUAACCUCCGACCAGGUGCUGUUCACGGACGCCGCCUCGCAGCCCACGGUGGUUGGGUUCGCGAACAACCCUGGGGACUUCAACGAAGCGUUUGUGACGGCCAUGAGGAAGCUGGGAAGGGUCGGGGUCAAGACUGGGAACGAGGGGGAGAUAAGGAGAGAUUGCACGUCCUUCAAUUCAUGA